CCGACAAUAUCUCGAGUUGAUUCGGUCUUUCGCUCUCUUUCCUUCUCUCUUCCGAGUUGCGACCGCAUCGAUCGCGUGUGCAGAACGACCGAUUUUGGGAACCGAGAGAGUGUCUGCCUGUUCUGCUGCUGCUGCUGCUGGAUUCUCCACUCUGCCCGCCUCUUUACUUUUCAUCCUUCUGGCAUAACGCGUUUGGGUACGGAGAGACGCGGAGUACGUACGCGACUUGAGAAUAUUUCUUUGGUGGGACAUCUAUUUUGUCCAGAAUUUUUUUUCUCAACGGUUCGGGUCGCCAUUUUUCUUUGAUCUCGCGUGUUUGAUCCUCUUGAGGAGGUUGUUCGUAUAAGCCAGUGCUUUUUUUCUAUUGAAGCGGGUUCUUCCAGUUGCUGCCGAACUCACCAACAAUCUUAAACAUCAAGAUGAAGUGGCUGGUCUUCUUUACGUUUGCGAUCUUUGUGGCUCUCGGGGCGGCCGAGGGCGAGGUGUGGGAGGAGGACGACCAUGAAGUUUUAAUAAGGAGCGAAAGAGGUGCUAAAAAUCAGGAAUGUCGCUACGAGAAAGGAGGAUGGUCAGAGUGCGACCCAAAGACGAACCAACGUUCAAGAACGUUAACGCUGAAAAAGGGCAACCAGACGACUUGUGAGCCGAGCAAGACGAUGCAGAAGAAGUGCAAAAAAGCUUGCAGAUACGAAAAGGGCACAUGGGCCGAAUGUAACGCGCAAGGACAAAUGACCAGGAGCGACAAACUGAAGCCGGGAAGCGAUCCGUCGUGCGAACAGAAGAGGGAGAUCAUGAAGAAGUGCAAAAACAAACCGGCAAAAGGCGGAGCGACCGCCAAAGCGGGACGCAGAAACAACAACCGAAACUAAAAAGGAAGAAAGCAACAACAGCCAGAAAACAACUAUUUUAAUUUAAUUUGUUAAACAUCAACAAGAAAGUCAUCUUAUAGUUUCACCAUAUACAGGGUUAACUGAAAAAAAAAUCUUUUUUUAUCUAUAGUUUUAGUUUAAACUUACUGUAUAAAUAUUUUAUUAACCUAUUUAUGUUUAGGGCCUAAUCCAAAAUCUUUUAUUCGAAAAAAAUAUUAUAUUAUGCUCUUCACACAAUCAUCUCUAUUACUGUUCAUCAAUGACCAUCCCCGAUAGAAAUAGCUAAACUUUACAGGGGACGUUCAAAAUGUUAUCUUAGGCAAGGCGUUUUUAAGCAUUUUUUUUUUAGUUUGAAGACAUCUUGCCCGAAUAUUAUUGCAUUUAUUUAACAUCAAAUAGAUAUUAGGAUAAUUAUUUCUAAAAAUAUAUGUAACCAUUUCAUCGAAGUUCUUUAUAGCAUAACAAGGCAGGACAUAUUAGAAGAUAAUGUGUAAUAAGUUUUCUUUUGUAGAUUUAUACAAGUUAUUAUAAUAAAACGUUUUUACUUGUCAUAUAAUUAUAUUUCUUCUCAUAUAAUAGGAGUGAUAAUUAAACGAUUUAGACUUUUAUCAGGUUGGCGUAUUUUCUUCUACUGUUUUUUAGUAGUUUUCAUGGACACAAAUAUCGCAGUUAGGUUGUAACUUUUUAUAUUAAGAAUAAUGUAUCCGUCAGUGUAUUGCCAAAUCCUUACAUUAUCUUCUUGUGUUUUAAAUUUAAACAAAAGUGUCUGUUACUUAACUUUUAGGUAAUUUUAAUCAAUAAAAUACUGUAGUAGGUACAAUUCCCUAUACGUUUAAGAUAACUGUUUCUCAGUGUAUUGAUAUUAACAUAUUGAACCUUCCAAUAAUAAAAUUAUAUAAAACGAA